AUGGCUGAAUCGAUGCUCAUCUUGAGAAUGUGUUCCAUAAUGCUGGUCCUUGGUUUUUCAGAGGCCAAAAUGGAAAUCAUCACCAGCAAACCAGAUGUGUUGCUGGGUGAGAAUGCCAUGCUCCUCUGCAAAGCUGGUGGGGAAGGAGACAUCACCUGGCAGAAAGAUGGAGAGGAUGCUGAAGAUGACCAGGUUGAGAAAGUGGAUGAGACAUCGUCAAAACUGUUAAUCAGGAAUGCCAAGAUAGAGGAUACAGGACGGUACACAUGCCUCUGUGAAUUUGAGACAGGCCACAGAGAGGAUGUAUCUUAUACCAUCUUUGUCUACGAGCCGCCAUCCUUCGGGCAAACACCAGCCUAUCAUGAGUUCCUGGAGGGUCAAGAUGUGGUCAUCACCUGCGUGGUCACUGGCAAGCCGGUGGUGGAAGUCAACUGGGAGAGGGACCAUCAGAAAUUGCACUCUGACGCAGGUCGGAUCACAAGACUGAAAGACAACUCUCUACAGAUCAACAACAUCAACAGGAAGGAUCGCGGAUCAUAUACCUGUGAGGCUAAAAUCAAGGACCGGCCCAUUUUCAAAAAGCACGUCAUCUCCAUCUUCGUCAAUGUUCCUCCCACAGUGAAGAUCCAUGAGGAGGUGAAGAAAGUCACGGCUGGACCAGAGACCAAUGUCUCCCUCAGCUGCCUGGUCGAGGGAGUCCCCCAACCAAACAUCAUCUGGACAAUCCCAGACUCUUCAGAUGAGUCCCGCUACAAGUACAACUCAGACAAGAGCGAGCUGAUUAUCUCGUCCGUUGUCAGGAGCGACUAUGGAGAGUACAUCUGCACGGCCAAGAAUAAGAUCGCAGAGAGCAGUGCCAUGAUCAUGCUGGAUGUCUCAGGACACCCUAUGCCCGCGCUGCAGUGGGUCAGGAAGACUAACAAUGACCACCUGCUAACAGUGGACGCUGGUGGAGGUCGAGUGAGAACGGAGGAUGGCUAUGUCCUGGUAAUUGACAAUGUGACUCCCUCAGAUGGAGGGCUGUACAGCUGCAUGGCUAUCAGUCCUGCUGGCAACGCCUCCACAGACUUCAGCCUGCAGACCUGGCCAGGUAAAGCAUCACAGGUAAGUGGCACCCCAGGGCCCACGUCGGUCCACUUCACCCUGGGGGCUUCCCUGGUGGACGGGGGCUCUCCCAUCACCCACUUCACCCUCCAGUGGAAGACAGGACGUGAGAACAAUUGGCAGGAGAGAGUCAUCCAGUCCACAGACCCCCUGGUGAUCACAGAUCUGAUUCCCUACACCUCCUACUCUGUCCGGUUUGCCCCUCGGAACCACCUGGGUCAGGGUGGCUUCUCAGACGAGCUCACCGUCCGCACACAGGGCAUACGGGAACCAGACAGCCCGGUCCUGGUGGCCAGCAAGGGGAAGGUUGAGGGCAAUAUGUUCUCAAUCACUUUAACACAGUUGGACAGCGGAGGCUCCCCCAUUAUCCACUACAUUGUCCGUUACAGAGUGAAUAAGGUGGACGAGGACUGGAGGGUGAAGGACCUGCCGUCCAACUCGACAGUGAUCAACCUCCAUGACCUGCAGUAUAAAUCAGACUACCACAUGGAGGUGCUAGCCGUCAACUCCUACGGCUCCUCCAGCCCAGCCAAGCUGAACUUCAACGUCCCACAACCUGCCAAGAUGAACAAGGGUGGGAUGGGGAAAGGGGCUGUGGCAGGCAUUGUCAUGCUCCUCUUUUUGGUGCUACUGAUUGCUGUGGACGCCACCUGUUGCUAUAUCAACCGCUGCGGCAUGCUGAUGUUCCUGGCUGUCAAGCUGUUUGGGCAGAAGGUCCCUGGGAAGAAGACUGUGGAGGAGGGUGACGGCACCUGUAAUGGGUAA